AAUAAUUAAUGUUUUUCAUAUAAUUAAAUAAAAUUACAGAUUACAAAUUUUUAAGUCGUACUUUUCGAUUAGAAUACGAAAUUUCGGAUAUAUUAGAGGGAACAUUUAGAUCUGAACUUAUUAUCUUUGGAUCUUGGAUUCGGAAACGCUUGUUAUAUAGCACAAUGGAAGAGACAACGUUACCCAAUACUUUACCGUUCUCGGGCACCUCGUCCGUGUCUCCCUGCUUGUCGAACGAAGCUUCUACAAAGGUAGAGGAUUAUGUGGAAGAUGCAGUGCCACAAUGGCUGGAGAAUGAGGCGUUUCCAGGAUUUCGUGUCUGGCAGCUCGCCGGCAUUAUUCUCUCCGUUUUGCUGAGCAUCAUCGUAGGAUUGUGCUGUUGCAUUCGCUUUCGCGUGCCCAGAACGAAGCAGGAGAUCGAGGCAGAUUACAUUCGCAAAAAAAUCACCAAGAGUUUCAGGAACAAGCUUUCAAAGAUCAGCAACACAGAAAUGGACGAGAUGGAUCUGCAAAAAGCUCUGGACAGGAUCCAAAACGAGUUCGAGGGGGAUGAAUCUGCGAUAGCGAAGGAGUGCGCGGAAAUGGCACAGCGGAACAUCCAGCACGGCUUUCGAUCCAGAUUCAACGCUGUAUUCGGUGGAGCGCGUGUGCGUUUCAGUCAACGCGAGCACACUGAAUUGAAUGCCACGAUCUAACGAUGGCUUUUUAAAAAUAAAAAAUACUUCCUCUUCCUCCCAACAAGUAUAUUUCUAUAAUUUGUUUAUCAUACAUACAAUUUUAAGGGUAUCGAGAAAAAAAAUAAAAAAUAUAAAGAAACCAAACUAAUAUACAUAAAACAUUUUUUUAAAUUAUUAUUUCUUAAAAAAAAAAAAGAUUGAAUGGUUCAAAAUUUCAAAACUUUGAACAAAAAGAAUCACAAUGUCAAUUUACGUUGAAAAAAACGACGGCUAAUAAAUUUAUAUGACACUUUCAUUUUGACUAAAUAUAAUCUUUAUUUCAUAGAUAUAUUUUACACAAAUUCAUUUACUUUAGCAUGCAACAGUGAUCUAUCUAGCAACGAAUAAUAAUGCUUCAGAAAGCACUCCACGGAGUAUUAUAGUAAUAUUCUUUUUCUAUCGUGUUGACAUUUUGCUAUCAAUUAAAUCUUUUAUAUCGAUUUAUUAUUUGUACUCUCUCUUUAACCGCGCUUAUCGUACACCACGCGCGAUUGAUCUUAUUUAUUUAUAUUUAAUAGAACUCGUGGAAAUAUAGAUUUAAUGAUUAAUGACAAUCGGUGCCGUUACGACUGUCUUAGAUGUCUCUACACUGUAAUUCGCUCGUGCACCCCAGCGCGAAGCUGCAAAGGCAAAUAAAAAAUAGUCUAAAAA